CUCCUCCUGCCACCUUCCUCCCUCUGCCUGCGCGGCUGGAAUCACAGGCCCUGGUCACACACUCAGCUCCAGGACAAUGGCUGCUCUGCACACGCUGCGGAUGGGACUGGUCCUGCUGGGGGUCCUGGGAGUCCUGCAGACGCGGGCUCAGCCCCAGGUCUCCCUGCAGCCCAACUUCCAACAGGACAAGUUCCUGGGGCGCUGGUUCACCUCGGGCCUCGCCUCCAACUCGAGCUGGUUCCGGGAGAAGAAGAGCGCGCUGUCCAUGUGCGUGUCCGUGGUGGCCCCGACUGCAGACGGAGGCCUCAACCUCACCUCCACCUUCCUCAGGAAAGAGCAGUGUGAGACGCGGACUCUGCUGCUGCGGCCGGCAGGACCCCGGGGCUGCUACAGCUACACCAGCCCGCACUGGGGCAGCACCCACGACGUGUGGGUGGUGACGACAGACUAUGACGAGUUUGCGCUACUCUACACCGCGGGCACCAAAGGUCUGGGCCGGGACUUCCACAUGGCCACUCUCUACAGCCGCACCCAGACCCCAAGGGCCGAGAUAAAGGAGAAAUUUAGCACCUUUGCCAAGACCCAGGGCUUCACAGAGGACACCAUUGUCUUCCUGCCACAGACCGAUAAAUGCAUGGAGGAGCACAAGUAGGUGACCCCGGCCCUCAGGACCUGGUCAUCCUGCCCUGCUCUGCUCUCUCCUCCAAGACCCCUGAGCUCCCAGCCCUGGCUCCUCCCUGCCCCCACCUGUGCCUCCUCAGGCUUCCUCCUGGCUCUGAGAAUAAACUCCAGAAGCAAAUCA